CCUAGGCUAACACCAGUGCCCAUCUUUCUUCUCUUUAUAUGGGAGGCCGCCACAGCAUGGCUUGACAAGCGAUGUGUAGGUCAGCGCCCAGGAUCUGAACCUGUGAAUCCCGGGCCGCCGAAGCAGAGUGGGCAAACUUAACCACUACACCACCAGGCCAGCCCCCUAAAGGUGCUUUUAGAUGUCAGAUUUCCAGGACAAAGUUUAUUCUCAUAAUUGCUCAUAUUCAGAAGGGGGAAGCUUAGGAGGACACUAACAUCUCCCUCCCUGGUGCCACCAUUGGCUGCAGCUGAACUGACCUCAGGAGGCCGUGUGCCGGGGCGACCUUGGACAAGUUCCCUCUCUGGCCUUGCUUUCUCUCUGUGAGGGCCUGGAAGGAGAAGGUGUCACUCAACUGCUCCCUGGCCAUCUUGGGCCUCUCUGGCGCCCCUCACGUCCCACCUCAGUGUCAGCCUGAGCAUCUCCUUUUGUCGGCUUUAUUUAUUGAUGCUUCUGUAAAAGUUCCAUUCGAACCAAGGGUUUUGAGGCUAAAACGUUUGGAAACCACAGGAAGCAGGGGCCCCCUUGCUCUCUAGGGUCCUGCUGCAUCUGUUUCAGUUUAGAGGUUCGGUGCCCAACACCUGCGUAGCUGUUGCUGGGGGAGCAGGGGUCACUGGCAGAUGUGCCCGGAAAGUCCUGCGAGGAACACAGCCUGCGGAUGGCACUUGGCGUGUCGCCUAGGCCGUUGUCCCUCACUUCUAUUUUUAGGUACAAGUGACGAGUGACUGAGGGCCCCGUGUAGGGAGAGACCUGCAGACUCACCCCACAGGCAGCCUAAAUACAUGUUCAGGGCAUCAGCAAACUAGGGGCACCAAAAAUUUGUUUUUAAUUUGCAGAAGCAUCAAAAUUUUCAUCACGGCAAAAAUCAGAGUGGCCUCACAUUUAUAUUUGGUCUCGCUUUUUAUUGUGAAUUAGAUGUGUGUGUGGCGGGUAGGACACCGUCUGCGCCUUGGUGCUCUGAGCCUCUGAAGGUCUUACUCUGCCCUGGGAUCCCGGAGGCCCCUUGUAGAGGCCAGCUUUCAGGUCCAUUACCUAAAGGACCCCUCCUCUUCCAACCUUUAGUUUUAGCUACCCGAACUCCUGCCUGCCCUGGAUAAAUUCUUAAAAUAAUUAUCCAUCAGCAGCCUCUCAGAGAGGAAUGUUAAAUGUUGCCAUGAUGUCAAAGGGGCCCCAAGGAGAAAGGUCUGGGCCAAACCCAGCCUGUCACUCAUGGCCCACAGCAGAGUAGGAGAUAAGAAAGGCAAAGGCUCAGAGAGAGCCCGGUCCCCUGGGCUCCCUGAACAACCCGGGCGAUCCGUGUGGGUUGGCACUGCAGGGCCAGGCUGUUAGCUACCAAGAACAAUGGGCUUGCAGACACCACUGCCCAAGUGAAACCAGGGGUCUGUAGCUCUUCCGAUUCCUUGCCCUUGUCAAGCCUGCAUCAGGAUGUCGGGAGCCUCCAAGGAGAGUUUGGGGACCCCGGGGCUGCCGGCGUCGGGCAAGACCUGCUUAACUACCGUGGACAAAAAGCUUAACAUGCUGAACGAGAAGGUUGACAAACUCUUGCAUUUCCAAGAAGACGUCACGGAGAAACUGCAGUGCAUGUACCAAGGCAUGGGCCACCUGCAGCAAGGCCUGCACCGGCUGGAGGCCUCCCGGGUCCUGGGCCCAGCUGGGGCUGACCACACUCCUCCAGCUGAUGUGCAGGCUGGGUGGCCAGAGGUCCUGGAGGUGGUGAGGGCCGUGCGGCAGGAUGCCGCCCAGCAUGGCGCCAGACUCGAAGCCCUCUUCAGGAUGAUGGUGGCCGUGGACAAGGCCAUAGCUCUGGUGGGGGCCGUGUUCCAGAACUCGAAGGUGGUGGAUUUCAUCAUGCAAGGGAGUAUCCCCUGGAGGAAAGGAAGCCACGCUGAUGGCCCUGCGGAGAGCAAAGAGCGAGUGGAAGAGAAAGGAGCAAAACCAAAGCACGGGCUGAGCAGCAGAGGCGUGCAAGCUGAAAUCAGGGGGCCUUGGGAAGAGAGCCAGAAGGUGGACCUGCCAGAGGGGACAGUGGAGAGGCUGCCCGCCAUCAACACUUCAGGGAUGGGAUCUGACCUCCUGACCCAGGCAGAGGCCCCACCAGGGCAGGGAGAUGGAGUUCCUGGCCCAGCCCAGGUGCCCUCUGGCCACCUGCUGCUGCCCACAGAGGGGGAAGCCAACGCUCCCUGGGCGCCCAGCAAGAACCCCGGGACUGGCCUGGAAUUGUCCACGGCACCCGACAGGGUCACUGAGGCCCCUGCCAGCCAGGAGACUGCACCGGGUGCAGGACAAGGAACGUCGUCCAGCAGGCCUGACCCUCGGCCCUCAGAGUGGGGCAUGAGGCUGACAUCAGGGCCUUCAGCCAAGGCCAAGGCAGCUCACGGUGGUGGAGAAGCGUAUCCGAGGAUCUCCAUCCACGUGCAGGAGACAGAUACUCCCGGGGAGCUGCUGGUGACACGAGGGGGCAGCCUCAGACCCACGCCCCUUGCGGAGGCUCCGGCAGCCGCCCGUCCAGGUGAGCAGGACCCUCCGGGGCCUGGGUACUGCCCCCAGGCUCCUGGGACUGAGCUGGGAAAGCAGAUCCCAAAAGGAGCCAGCAAGUUUUCCCUGCUGCGGGAGCGGAGCAGCGACAGGGGAGCGAAGGCUGAGGAGGAGCAGGGGCUCGGGCCUGCGCCCACCAUGGGACCAAGCGGGGCCUGGAGGGACAGGGGAGACGAUGCUGGGGCCCCAGGCCUGCAGCAGGACAAAGGCCCGGGAGCAGGGAACCCUGAGCCCAGGAAGGACUGCGCAGCCGGGGGCAUGGGCGGGGCCGAAGCAGGAAGGAGGACGCCCGUGGGAGCCGAGGCUGGCAGCGUGGUUCUGGAUGACAGUCCGGCCCCACCCGCUCCUUUUGAACACCGGGUGGUGAGUGUCAAGGAGACCUCGACCUCAGCAGGUUAUGCGGUGUGCCAACACGAGGUCUUGGGAGGGGGCCGGUUUGGCCAGGUCCACAGGUGCACGGAGAAGUCCACAGGCCUCUCGCUGGCAGCCAAGAUCAUCAAAGUGAAGAGCGCCAAGGACCGGGAGGAUGUGAAGAACGAGAUCAACAUCAUGAACCAGCUCAGCCAUGUGAACCUGAUCCAGCUCUACGACGCCUUCGAGAGCAAGAACAGCUUUACUCUCGUCAUGGAGUAUGUGGAUGGGGGUGAACUCUUCGACCGGAUCACAGAUGAGAAGUACCACCUGACCGAGCUGGAUGUGGUCUUGUUCACCAGGCAGAUCUGCGAGGGCGUGCACUACCUCCACCAGCACUACAUCCUGCACCUGGACCUCAAGCCGGAGAACAUCCUGUGUGUCAGUCAGACCGGACACCAAAUUAAGAUAAUUGACUUCGGGCUGGCCAGAAGGUACAAGCCUCGAGAGAAGCUAAAGGUGAACUUCGGCACCCCUGAGUUCCUGGCCCCGGAAGUCGUCAAUUACGAGUUUGUCUCGUUCCCCACGGACAUGUGGAGCAUGGGAGUCAUCACCUACAUGCUACUCAGUGGUUUGUCCCCAUUUCUAGGGGAAACAGAUGCAGAGACUAUGAAUUUCAUUGUGAACUGUAGCUGGGAUUUCGACGCUGACACCUUUGAAGGGCUUUCGGAGGAGGCCAAGGACUUUGUCUCCCGGUUGCUGGUCAAAGAGAAGAGCUGCAGAAUGAGCGCCACACAGUGCCUGAAACAUGAGUGGUUGAAUAAUUUGCCUGCCAAAGCUUCAAAAUCCAAAGUUCGUCUCAAAUCCCAACUAUUGCUGCAGAAAUACAUGGCUCAGAGGAAAUGGAAGAAACAUUUCUACGUGGUGACUGCUGCCAACAGGUUAAGGAAAUUUCCAGCUUGCCCCUAAUCCUCAACUCUGCUGCUCCCGUGGGCCCAGCAAUUGCUGAGACCGGUGGUGAAGUGAUGACUCAAGAUUUUAAAUAAUCUGGCCUUUUACUAAUAUUGAUUCCACUUAUUUUGUGAGAAAGGUUAUGGCUGUUGCCUUCCAGAAUUGUGGGUGAAAAGUGGCUGUAAAGAAAGUGACUAAGACCUUUUUUUCUGCCUUAUAAGAUCACUAAGUUGAAAUGCUGUAUGGACUUAUUAAGUAUCCCUACUUUGGUGGUAAGUGAAGGCAUGCUUUAGGUAGGUAGGAAAGCUUUUCCUUUGCAUCUGUUAGGUUUAAAUUCUAAACAUAUUCUGAUUAAAGAACUCAAUAGACUAUUACGUAGGGGCAUGUUAUUCCGAGUUAUCUCUUCCAGCACAAAGAAUUCCUAGAAUUUUGAUUUGCUCCAGUGUGAGCUGCCAUUUUAUUGUCCUACCCCACUCUUGUGUAAAGCAACGUGGAUUUAGGGCAGUGAUCCUCAGACUUGUUUUAACUUGUGCUCCUUUUUGAGAAUCAAAAUGUGCAUCCUUUAAUAUUCUUUGAAAUUUCAAAAUAUACCAACGGUUGUGGCCGAAGCAGAAAACGAUCGUUGUGAAUGUGCUUGAAAAUCUACACACUCCUCCACCCGCCCCUCACUCUGCCCUGUCCUGGUGUUGGCCGUCUCCCUCCUGAUUCCCCUUCCUCAGUUAUGAAUCUGUGGUCUAGGAAGUCUGGAAACAGGCAAUAUGUGCAAGAGAGAUAAGGAUGUAAGGAUGUUCAGCUUCCUGGGAGAAACACAGAGUGAAACAUCACCAGACAAUAAAGGAAACCUGCUCUCUGACUGCUUUGUUAAGGAUGUACCACUUUCAAUGCUGUCAUUUAACUGACAUAAAAUGAUUAACAAGGAAUACUUGAUUGUGAGAAAGUAAACAAUCCUUUUAAUUUCGUCACUUCUAACCUGAUUUUUGUGCUAUUCCCGUAACCUUCUCAGGUCAGCAGUUUUAGCUGGAGUAGUUACUUUUCAUGUGUAAUUAGCCAUGCAACAGUUGCACAGCCUUUCAGAAUUUUUGUCCAAAUACAGACUUGUUUUUGGCAGAGGACACGGGUGUGGAGAGGGAGGUGGAGGUGGAGAGGCUCGCCUGGCUGCUGCAGCUCCCACACUGUAACUCUCCUCCGGAGAACAGACCCUCGUUAAGAUUUUCAGGACCAGCACGUCUAGGCCUGCUCCAUGCUGGCCAGCUAAUGGAUGAACAUCAGAAGAGACGGCUGCUGGAAAUCUCCCUUUCAUGAGAGAGGAACAGUGGUUUAGUAAAAUGCUUCCUUUUAAAGCGUCAGUUAACCCUCUUAAAAAGGCUUUUUUGGGGGCCAGCCCAGUGGCUUAGUGGUUAAGUGCACGCGCUCCGCUACUGGCGGCCCGGAUUCGGAUCCUGGGUGUGCACUGAUGCACUGCUUCUCCGGCCAUGCUGAGGCUGCGUCCCACAUACAGCAACUAGAAGGAUGUGCAGCCAUGACAUACAACUAUCUACUGGAGCUUUGGGGAGAAAAAGGGAAAAAAAAGGAGGAGGACUGGCAACAGAUGUUAGCUAAGGGCCAGUCUUCCUCAGCAAACAAAAAGAGCAGGAUUGGCAUGGAUGUUAGCUCAGGGCUGAUCUUCUUCACAAAAAAAAAGAAAGGUUUUUUUGAGAGCAGCCUCCAGAAGAAGCUGGAGAAAUGUCUUACAGUUCUAUCUAGUGGGCGAUUCUUACUCUCUCUGAAAGUUCAGAUUCUUGGGGAAUGCUGUGAAUCUUCUCUCCAGAAAAAUGUACAGUUAGUUAACCCCAAUCUAGAGAAGCACUGUCUGACAAAUAUAAUACGAGCCAUAUACAUAAUUUAAAAAUUUCUAAUAGCUCCUCUAAAAAAAACCUGGUGAAAUUAAUUUUAAUAAUUUAAUGCAAUAAAUCAAAAACGUUAUUUCAAUAUGUAAUCAACGUAAAAAUUAUUAAUGAGAUAUCUUAUAUAUUUUUUCAUACUAGGUCUCCAAAAUCUGUUGUGUAUUUUACACUUAAAAUACAUUUCAACUCAGAUGCUGGGUUUUCAUUAGACAUAAUUUAUAUUUAGAUUUCAUGAAAUUUACUGUGGAAAGAUAUACUCUCAUACUCAAUUUGGUCAAAACAUCUUAAACGUUUUCUAAUAAUUGAAUUAAGUAUCCAUUUUUACAUUUAACUAAAAUUACAUAAAAUUAGAAAUUCAGUUCUGCAGUUGCAUUAGCCACAUUUUAAGUGCUGAAUAGCCACAUGUGGUUAGUUGCUUCUAUAUUGGACAGGGCAGACACAGGGAGAAUCUUUCAUCAAAUUUUCUUUUUUUCCCUAUAUGCUGUUAUUCUUUACCUAGAGAAACAACUUUCCAAAGUUCCCUUGAGGGGUUUGCUUGGGUCAGGCCCACGCAAGUGAGAGGUAAUAUGGAUUUUAGCCUCCCUUAUCUGAAAUUCAAGGGAGCUUUUAUGAAGCUUUAAUUUUCUGGACAUUUUCAGUUCUCUACUUUGCUGGUGUGUACUUAGCUCAAAAAUUUUUUAGAUUGCAACUGUGCUGGUAUCAACUAUAUCUAAAGGGACUCGUCCAUUUGAAUGAACAAAGAGUCAUUGGAAAUUGUGGGGCAGAGAAACUUUAAAGGGUAGUCAGGACCCACUUUUUUCACCUAUCAGAUUUCCCCAUUUCACCUAUGGGGAAAAUGGAAUUCUUCCACUUUUGAUGGAUAUGUAUCCAAAUAAAAGUCACACCCACACUUGCACCCAGCAAUUCCAUUUCUAGAAAUUUAUUCCUUAGCAAUAAUUGAACAAGUGGACAGAGAUUUAGCAAAAUGAUGUUCACUGUAGCACUGUUGCUAAUUGCCCAAUGAAACCAACCUACAUAUAUGCCUAUCAGUAUGGGUUUAGUUAAAUAAAUUUUGCCACAUUCAUUUCGGCGAAUACUUUGCACUGUUAAAGAUAGAUCUAGAUGUACUGACAGCCAUCUUUUCAUUACAAAAGAAUUAUAAAACAUAUAUGUGGCAUCAUCCCGUUUGUGGAGAGAGAGACGCUUAUAUGUGCAUUCAAGUUUUCUAGGAUAUGCAAGAAACUUAACAGUGGGGUAUGGAAAGUGGGUGAUGGGGAGAGGGGGAAUUCCAAUUUUCACUUUAUAAACUUUCUGAAUCAUUUGAAUUUUUUUUACAUGAGCAUGUAUUGCUUUUAUAAUUAAAAAUUAGCAGCCCAAUGUCAAGCGUGGACUUUGUUUUGACCCUGAUUGGAGCACAUAAACAAUAAAAAGAUAUUUUAGAGACAUCCAGGGAUAUAUCAUUCUAAAUUGCAUAUUUAUUUGAUGAUAGAAUUUCUACUAAUUUUGUGAGGUAUUGUAAGGGCACUGUGGUUAUAAUGUAGGUUAAAUGAUUUCAGGAAAAAAGGAGGCUAUGUUAAGCAAGUGUGGCAAAAUCUUGUUAACUGUUGGGUCUGGGUGAUCCAUUAGGAUUUCAUUAUACUGUCCUCUUUACUGUUGUAUGUCUUUGAAAACUUUCAUGAUAAAAGAGUUUUUUAAAUCAGUUAAAUAAACCAUGAGCUUAAAGAACUGAGCUUCCAAAAAGUCUUUCCAACAGUACUGAAACAGCGGACUCACAAGUAGUAAACCCCUAUCCCUCAGAGUGUGAAUGUGAGGGAACAUUGUUACAGAAAGAAUUCCUGCCCUGGGAGGGCAUUUGGACAAGAUUGCUAUAAGGCAAUCCCCCAUUCCCCAACUAAUUUAAGAAAUAACCAAGUACCUACUAUGUUCCAGAUCAUCAAAAUAAUUACCAUCACCUGCUUGUAAGGCAUAAAGGGGAAAGAAAGUCACAAAUAGUACUUAUAUUUACUGUCAUGGACUAGGCAGUGAAAAGGCAACCUAAGAAAUGGGAGAAAAUAUUUGCAAAUCAUAUAUCUGAUAAGAGGUUAAUAUCUAGACUAUAUAACUCCUACAACUCAACAACAAAAAAACCUGAUUCAAAAAGGGACAGAAGACUCGAAUAGACAUUUUUCCAUAGAAGAUCUACAAAUGGCCAAGAGCAUAUGAAAAAGUGCUUACUAUUCACUAGGAAAAUGCAAAUCAAAACCACAAUGAGGGCCAGCCC